AUGGCAGAUAGCCAGCUUAGUCGGGAGGGCUCCGACACCUCCCUCAACGCCUCUGCCGAUCCCAACAACGGCUCCGGUGUGACGUCGCCCCGAUCCAGCACCGAUACCCGCCCCUCACGGAAUCAGAACCAGCUACGAGUUUUACACAUGCCCCCUGCAAAUCAUCAGCACCGUCAGAGCUUGAGUGAGACUCUCCGUGGACCGCCUGGCUCUCCAAGGAAUCGACGACAACCCUCCCUCACGCAGUCCGCUAUUCAGAGCUUGAUUGAUAACCCCCCACCACCGAAGAAUGUUGAUCCAGCAUUUAUUGGUCGGGACUGGCGAGAGAUCUCCAUUGGAGAGCUGGUCAGUCCGGGCGACUUACAAUUCGUUGAAUUGGAUACGGGCAUUGAAGAGGCGACGAAUAUCUUGAUUGAUACCGGUGCCCCCGUACUGCUUAUUCGCGAAAGUCCUCAACACAAUGCUGCCGUGGCUACAUUCGAUUACUCCGAUCUAAACACAUAUCUGUUGUUGGCUGCAGGGUUGACCACUCCGCAAGAAGGACAUCGCACAUCGUAUGAUGAGCUUGCCAAGAAAGCUCGAGAGGGAGAGAAGAUCCCGCUCAAGGAUGUCAAGGCCUUGGGCAUGGAAAAGGAACCCCUCGUUACGCUACCGGCAUCCGCAAAUGUUCUCACGGCGGUGGAAACGUUUGGCGGCGGUAUCCAUCGUGUCGUCGUGACCAAGGAGUCCAACGACCAAGAAGUGGUUGGUAUCUUCAGUCAAUUCCGACUGGUCAAGUUCCUCUGGGAGAAUGGCCGCAGCUUCCCUGCGAUUGAGCAGCUCUAUCCGCAGGCUCUGAACAACUUGCGGAUUGGAUCCCACAAUGUGAUUUCCAUCAACGGCGAUAAGCCUCUCAGUGAAGCCCUUCAGUUGAUGAACACUGAAGGAGUAUCAUCUCUUGUUGUGGUUGAUAACCAUUGGAAUGUGAUUGGCAAUAUCUCGACGACGGAUGUCAAGGUAAACACCGAGCAAACCUCUUCUUCAGGCACUGGAGACUUCCAGCUAACAUAUCUAAAGCUUCUCACACGGUCCUCGUCGCUACCCCUUCUUCAAAAUACCUGCACGCACUUUAUUUCGGUGAUUCUCUCGACCCGCGGGUUGAUUGAAGGCAAAGAUUCGUUCCCCGUUUUCCAUGUGAAUCCCACAUCGACGCUCGCUCACACAGUUGCGAAGCUUGUGGCUACACGAUCGCAUCGUGCACACAUUCCUCUGGCAGCACCAGUUCCUCUCGCGACGACAGGAUCGAAUACUACAUUGUCUCCACCACCUUCACCUCUUCCAACGCCCGUGAGUCUCCCUUCACAGCCUCCCGGCCCGGCGACACCUCACCUCCCUACGCUACCCACUGCUCCGUUCCCACCAGUUGCAUCCUCCGGAGUGACACCGCCACUCGCGCCUUCAAUCCCAGCAUCAGCCCUACCAGGUGCUCGCUUAUCCGGCCGUCUGGUUGGAGUUGUUAGCUUGACUGAUAUUCUGAACCUACACGCCCGCGCGAGUGGCCUGAGUCCCGCAGAUCCGGCCGAAUCUCGGCGCCGUCGGCGCAGCAGCUCUUCAAGUAUGAGCGUUCGCCGUAGCGGUGAGAUUGGUCGAGAAUUGUUUAGCCGGGGUGGUGUUUAG